CUCCCACUCCUGUCGUGACAGAUCAGGAGGCGAUGUUGAUGCAAUAGCAGGUGUGUCUGAAUUUAGAGCUACAGAGAGAGGUGUCACUGCCACACACAUCUACGAGUACUCUCCCAGCAUUCCCUUGGCUUCAUUAGGCAAUAUCAUCUUUUCAUAUCUCAUUUCUCAGCCAAUCAAUCAAAGUUAAACUCUCCCUGGAAAAAGUUUUUUCUUGGAUGUCUAAAACCCUCCAUGGUCUAUGUACUGUAGCAGCGAGAGGCAUUUAGCUGGAGCAGACUGAAGGUGGAAAUGCUGGUAGAGGCUGACUGCUAGUGAAUGCAUGCACAUGCGCAUGUAUGCGUGCUAGUGUGGUCCUGUUUGUGUGUAGGGGUUUGUGCGUGCAUGUGCGCAGGCAAACUAUACGAGAAGCGUUUUUUUUUUUUUUUUGUUUAAUCUGUUUUUAGUUUCCGCGAGGCUGGCUGAUUUCAUCGAUGAUUUUUUUAGACUAUGACAUCAAUUGAACUAUUUCACAAUGGCACUGCAUAAUUCUUAGGAAAUUUAUAAGGAUCUUCUCAUUUGUGGAUUUAAUGGCCACAGUCACCACUGUAUUUGAGAUUUGGUCCACUCAAGAUAGCGAUGGGCUACUGGCGAAAUGGCUAAAGUGUGUGCUGAAAGCCCUGUUCCCAGCAGCUGGCAGAGCAAAGAGAGGAGCAAAAACGAUGGUCAACCCCACCUUUCAGAACUCCAUAGAGGACAUCACCUUGCUGUAUGAGAUCAUGCUGGCCGGCCUGCAUAUCGGGGACGAGCACGCGCCCUUCUCCGUGCAGGACGAGGAGCUGGCCUCUCUCCGCCGGACCCGCACCCUGGAGGCCAUAUGCGAAGACGUCCUGCCCAAGCGCCUGACAGACAUCCGCCGGCUCACCUCCAAACUGUCCCAGCGCCGGGGGCCCCUCCAAAAGGGGGACUUCGAGCGAACCGUGCUGACCAUGGUGUACACCGCCAACAAAAUGGCCAACACCAGCGGGCACCAGAAGGACACCUGGGCAGAAUCAUUCGUCAGCCUGUACAGGGCCUUAAAGCAAGACCUCAGAGGUCAAUGAGCCGCUAGCAAGACCACCUGUGAUCUGCGAAACUUUUUUAUGAGUUUAUAUUUUAUUAAUUCUUUUGUCAGUGAGAACUGGUGCUGGAGCGAUCAUCCUGGUUUCUAGGGAAUCCCCCCCCCCCCCUUCACACGGCUCUCAAGUCAGAAUAAUUGAUUCAGGAACGAAAUACUGUACACUGUAGGCUCCGAUCACUGCGAGGGAGCUGCGGAUGAUGUCACAGAAAUUUUGAGAUGUUUUCUUUUUUCUCCUUGAAAUGCAAUUCUUUUUUUGUUAUCUUCCCCUUGAAAGUACUAUAUUGAGGUUUUACACUAGAGCGUGUAACGGGGGGGUGGGAUGUUCAGAUCGGCUUGGUGCUACUGACUGUACUGAUUAACACUUGGUUUUCAGGAUUCGACCUCAAUGCGCGCUUUCAAUCAAUAUCCAAUAUUAAUACUACUAAUUCCAAUUAACAAAGCUGUGUAGCUGAUUUGACUCCUUGGGACUUGUCAAAUCUACUUCUUUGAGGUCCACUUUGAUGUGAUAUAAACACAUGAAAGGAUGAUGCACGUGAUUUUGCCCACACAAGAAUGGCUCUGAGCUUUAUCUAUUUACUGUAUGGAAUGAAAACUUCAAAAUGCAGAAAGUGUGAUGACUGAGAUGGAAUCCUGCGCACACGGUCAUAUUGAAAAUUUGAUGAAAAGGUAUACAUUUACACUUGGAUGGAUUGUAGAAAACCCUUAUAGAUUGUAGAAAACCCUUUCAACAACAUCCUUCUAGUAAUACAUUUUUUACAUGGUCAGAUCAUACUUUUUUAUGCUUUGCAAAUAAAUAUUUUAAUAUUGUUGAAUCCUUGAAAAUAAACCAAUAACAUACUACAAUUUUAA